CAGAUUUCAACACAAUGUACUUGAGUGCGAACGACGAUUUUCAUAAUAAAGGGUUUCUGGGGGAAAACGGAGCAAUGAUGAUACAUGCGCCAAGUGGGAAUUCCCUGAUGCAGUCAUCCAAUGGGCGCUCCUCUGUGCCGACACCGAAGGAGCGGCCCGCUGCCAAGACUAGCCUUUACAAGAAGCAUACGUGCGAGGUGUGCCACAAGGCUUUUUCGCGUAGCAACACUUUGCUCACCCACAAGAGAAUCCACACAGGCGACAAGCCUUUCGUCUGCGAUUUGUGUGGCCGGGCAUUUAGACAGCCAGGGAAUCUCACGCGACACAGACUGACUCAUUCAGCUUACAAACCUUUUGUCUGCCCCGUAUGCAGAAAAGCAUUUAACAGAUCGUCAAACUUGACCACACACCUGAAAACCCACGCAGUUAACUUCACAGCUUUUUGAGUGACUCCUGUUUCAGAGGUGUGGAGUUUAAUGUGUCCCAGAGUCAUCUACCUAGAGCCGCCUUUGGAAGUACAAGACUAAAUGAUGCUUACUUUGAUGAAUCCAGAAUUGCCAUGUAGAUAAGAGGGAAAAAAUGACAGUGAGAGAGGUGGAUAGACAGAAAGAGGGGGGAGGAAGAGGGACAGGCACUGAAAGAGGAAGAGGGAGGAAUGAGAGAGAAAAGAGAAAAAAGAGAUGGAGGGAGAAGAGUAAUAGAAGUAUAGGAGGGAGAACAAGGGAGGUAGGGAAGAGAGGAGGGGAGACAGAGUACAUUAACAAAAUACAAGUAAAAUAAAACAAGAACUAUUACUUAACAAUGGACCUCAUUCACCAAUCGUAAACAAACAACAUUUAACCACGUGAUAAUAUUGCUAAAACAUUGAGAGAAAAAAACGUAUCACGUGACAGCCUUUAUGGAUUGCGUAAUUUGUAUACAUGAGAUAGAGAAUCAUGUGGCUAAAUGUUGUUUGUUUACGAUUGGUGAAUGAGGUCCAUUCGGUAAAAGUAAGUUACAUGUUGUCUUCGAUUCUCAUGUUUAGUAAAUGUUUGCAAAUUAUCUACGACAUGCUAUUACCAUUGAUUGUAUAUCAUAUUACA